AUGCUAUUAAAGAGGUUACUGCUGGUUAUAUUCAUACAUUUGAUUUUAUUAUGUACUUUUAUAAAUGCUUUAGAUUCAUUAUCUUUUAAUUCUUCUUUUACCAAAGAACAUUUAAGAUCACUAUCUAAUGAAACAAAAAGUCUAUUUAUUCAUGGUUGGGACUCAUAUAUGAAAUAUGGGUUUCCUUUUGAUGAAGUUAGACCAAUUACAUGUGAAGCGUACGGACCAGAUUAUAAAAAUGUUGAAAAUUCAGUUAGGAAUGAUGCCAUGGGAAAUAUUUCACUGACGGUAUUGGACAAUUUAGAUACAUUAAUUAUAAUGAAAGAAUAUGAUCAAUUGGAAUACGUGCUAUCUUACUUAAAAGAGAAUCAAGUAGGGCUCUUCGACCAAAAUACAAUAGUUCAAGUUUUUGAAACUACUAUACGCCAUCUUGGUGGUUUAUUAUCAGCACAUAUAAUCUUAACUGACCUAUUCAAAAAUAAAGUAAAAGGUUACGAGGGAAUUCGUAAAAUUGUGGAAAAUUAUGAUGGAUUUUUACUCGAUAUGGCUUACGAUCUAGGUCUUAAAUUAAUUCCAAGUUAUAAGACAUCAACAAAUAUACCAGUACCACGAAUCAAUUUGCUCAAGGGUUUAAAAUCAGUUCCUCCAAGUCUUCAAAGAGAUGCAUGUACUUCAGGUGCAACUACGCCAAUUCUUGAAUUCACAUUACUUUCAAAAUUAACUGGUGAUUAUCAAUUUCAAUAUUAUACAUCUUUGACUUGGUGGAAAUUAUGGUCAUCUAAGUCUGAAUUAAAUUUAUUACCAAUGACAAUUGAUCCAAUCUCAAAUCAAUGGAAGGAUUCAAUAACUGGGAUAGGUGCUUCCAUUGAUUCAUUUUAUGAAUAUGCAGCAAAGAGUUCAAUUUUAUUUAAUGAUGAUUCUAUGUGGAAUGUAUAUACUACUUCAUAUAAAGCAUUAUUGACGCAUCUGGCACAAGGUGGUUUGGGAAGUUUAAUAUUUCCCAAUAUAAAUAUAAAUGAUGGUGUUGUGUUUAGUGAUUGGAUAGAUUCCCUCAGUGCAUUUUGGAGUGGCUUACAAGUUCUAACUGGUCAAUUGACAGAUGCGAUAAGGACACAUGUGGUGUAUAUGAAGAUAUGGAAUACGUUUGAAAGCAUACCUGAAAGGUGGAUAUUUCAACAUUUCGAUAAUAAGAAGAAAUUGAAGAAGAAGGUGUUUAAAGCUGAUGAUUCAAUAAAUCUUGAAUGGUAUCCAUUAAGACCUGAAUUUAUUGAAAGUACUUAUUAUUUAUAUAGGGCAACUAAAGAUCCAAUGUAUUUGAAUAUUGGAGAACGUAUAUUGCAUUUAUUGAAAACUAAAUAUUCUGCACCUUGUGGAUUAUGUGGAUUACAGAAUAUAAAGAACGGAAUAAGACAGAAUAGAAUGGAGACAUUCGUAUUAGGUGAAACUUUGAAAUAUUUAUAUUUAUUAUUUGAUGAGGAAAAUGAAGUGUUUUUACAUCAGGAUUUCAUGAAGGGUAAAAACUGGAUAUUUUCAACUGAGGCACAUCCAUUAUGGUUAGACAAGAAUAUGGAUAAAUUAAAAGAUAACAAAACUAUAUUUAUUGAUUCUCAUGAUAAUGUAACGAUUUCAAAUAAAGAAUUGAUAAGUAAACCAAUAUCAUCAUUUUAUAGAAACGUAUCAAUUGUUCAACCAUUCUAUGUGGAUAUAAACAAUGAAAACGUAUACAAAAUAGAUCCAUUUGCAGAAAGAUUUAAUUAUUGUCAGUUAAACCCUUGGCAAAAAUCACCAAAUUCAUUUCUUGAAUCAUCAUAUUAUCGAUGGAAUGCAUUUUUCAGUUCAGAUUAUCUGUUCAAGAAUUCAUUAAUAAAACCAAGAUAUCUACCUCAAACAUCAUUAGAUGGAUCAACCAUGGAGUUAAACAGAAACUUUUAUGAUAAGUUUACAAUGUUUGAUACAGAUUUAAUUUGUCCUCGAGUUGCAACUACUUUAUUCUAUGAAGUAUUCUGGGGUGAUAUAAAAUUGAUAAAUGAAGUAGAAGUAUCUGAAAUAGUAUCUAAUGAUACGCUAAUGUUGAGUAAUGAUUUAUGGGUUCCUAAUUUGUAUGGAUUACGUAUUGUCGUAGAAGAAUUAGUAAUCGAUAAAGUUGAUUCUUUCAACACUGUAAUAACAGAAGAGUAUAUCAAUUCAUUACAGCAUCAACAAGAAUCGGAGAUUAAAUUUGAAAAAGCAGUGCUUAGAAUCAAGAAGAUUAAUGGUGUCAAUCUAUAUUCAAAUCAGAUCGUAUGGACUUUACCUUUUGAAGCUAAUAAUGAAGAGAAAUCAGCAAUUGGAAUUACAGAUGAUGGAAGAUUAAUAAUACAAGGAAAAGUGGUUGAGAAUUUACUAGUUUAUUAUAGUUAA